AUGGAUCGUGAAUCGCCCCCUCAAUCCCCCCUCUCAGACAUCGAUUCUGAGCGAUUCGACUACGACACCGACGACCCUUACACGGGCAACCCACCCAACAUGCCACCCGCAAAGCGCCAGAAGCUGGAGUUCGACGAUACCCUCUCAAUUUCCUCCGACAGCUCCGCCGAAGUGCCUAACUCGCCCAGCAACCGCUUCGAUGACGAUGACGUCCACGAGCAAGUGACCAUCUGUACGUGGGUGGACUGCGAUGCGGGAGAUCUGGAGAAUAUGGAUCGCCUGGUCGAGCAUAUCCACAACGAGCAUAUCGAUUUGAGGGGCAAAAAGUACACGUGUGAGUGGGCGGAUUGCCCGCGCAUUGGAAUGCAACAUGCGAGUGCGUAUGCUCUGAAGGCGCAUAUGAGGAGCCAUACGAGAGAGAAGCCGUUUUAUUGCACGUUGCCUGAAUGUGAUCGUGCAUUCACGCGUUCAGACGCCCUCGCCAAACACCACCGGACGGUCCACGAGACCGAAGCUCUACGCCCCUCAGACCCAAUCCCCAAAUCCAUGUCCGGGCACAAGUCUCAGCGUACGAAGACGAACAACAAGGAAGACCGGUCCCAGUCCGAAGGCAACGCUCCGGGAGCUUCCGCUACAAACGGAACCACCAAUGGCCAUGCCUCUGGUUCUACAGGCUGGACAACCUCCUACCCUCCCGAACUCGGCUUUACUGCGGAGGAAGAAGCCAGAGGACCGAAAGAACUGUACUACUUGCUCCGCCAACAAAUAGAGUGGGCCGAGGAAGAAGCCGAGGUACUACGAAAGCAGGGUGAGGCGAUGGAGGAACUGAGGAAGAAGGAGUGGAUGGAUAAAGAGAUUCUGCUGGAGCACGUCAUAGAAGUUGAUCGGGAUUGGCAGGAGAGGCGAUUACUUGUUUUGCAGGGUGCGGCGGAUCUGCCUUCUGCGGAUGUUAUCAAGGCAGCGGCUCUGAGGGAGAAGAGCGGCAGUUUUAGUGCUGGAUCGACCGGCUUCCUUGCCCCAGGCUCGCCGGUUAUGAUUCAGCCUUCGUCUCCGAGUCCGAUGGUUAAGGUUGAGAGCCAGAAGGAGAAUGCAGAUGCUCUGACCGGUAUGCGUGAUUAG